AAUAUCGUCGUGUUGAUCGGAGGCGGCCAUGCCGCAGGCAAAACCACCGCGGCACACAGCAUCAAGAACGACCUCCAGGCGCUUCCUGGGCACUCCGCAAACUCGCUUCAGAUCGAGGUCUUGGACAUGCAACAAUACAUUGACCGCACCGUCACAACGACCCUUUCUUAUGCACCCAACUCGGCCAUCACUGUGGGCCUGAAGUCCAGAAUCCUGUUGAAACCUUCCAGAUUCGAUUUCCAUGCCCUAAAAACGUACAUCUCGUCUCGUUUGGCCCGCCCCGAUCCUACGGCCCCUCAGAAACUCAUUAUUGUCCAUGGAUUAUACGCUCUAUACGACAAGGAAUUGUGUGACAUGUCGCUUUUCAAGGUUUACAUUGAUAGCGAUGCGGACACCCGACUCGUCAGGUGGAUCCAGCGUGAUGUGUUGCCGGCGCUGGGCAAUGGCGCUAGCUUGGAAUCUGUCAUCAACUUGUACCUACAUGGGGCCAAGCAGGAAAUGGCCGACUACAUUUUCCAGACCAAAGAGCGUGCGGACGUGAUCAUGCCUCGUGGUUGCGAGGCCAACGGUAUCGCCUUAAUUGUCGAUGGUCUCCUCUCGUACUUGGGCUCCGACAACGUACUGGAACACAAGCCCAUCAACACGUUGAGGCCCUUUGCCAUCGAGCGCUGGGACGGCGACAAGCAGAAGUUUUACGAGCUCAGCUGA